AUGGACCCAACAGACCUACUACCGCUGCUUGAGCAGCUGGAUGACAAUGUCGAUGACUUGGAGGGUGUGCUCGAGCCUCUUUUGGCCAGUACACUCCUCAAAAGCUCCAGCAAAUUGCCUGUUAUGGACAAAGCGAAACUUCACGUGUUGAUUACCUACACACUAGAAUCACUAAUCUUCUCUUAUUUGCGGCUUCAUGGCGUGGAUGCGAAGCAGCACCCAGUGUUCCGGGAACUGACCCGUGUGAAGCAGUACUUUGAAAAGAUCAAGGUACUGGAGACUGAGCCCGAGGAACGCUCCAUGACCCUUGAUAAGGCAGCUGCGGGCAGAUUCAUCAAACAUGGCCUUGCUGGCAAUGAUAAAUAUGACUUGGAACGGGCAGAAAAGCAGGCCAAAGAGCGAGCCCGUGCUCAGCUCAAAGCAGCCAUGCUCGCCCGCAAGAGCAUUGAGGCCUCGAAAGCACAAUCAAAUAACGACUCUGACGAUGACGAUUCUGAAGGGGGUGUGGAUGUUGCAACAGCAGCAGAGCCCCAGCUUGACACAAAUCACCCCGGAAAGACCGAGAAUGAUAGCAAAAAGAAAUCCAAAGGAGAACACAAAUCAGAAUCCAGCAAGGCAAAGAAGGAGAGGAAAAUUAGCAAGGCGACACUGAAAGAAGAGAAGAAGGAGCGACGGCUGAAGAAGGAGGAGGCCCGAAAGGCCCGCAAGGCCGAAUGAGUGCAUUGCUCCCCUAUUUUGGUGGGAAACUAAGUAUGAAAUGCCUUGCGCCUCGAAUGCUAAGGACGGACUGCCGCGCUGUCUCAAAUCAUAGCAUUGACUAUGCGUCAUCAUUACCAGAACCUCUGUCGACUGUCGACACGACAUGCAUUGUCGAAUCUAAUCAUCGCUUUGCCAAGCCUGUCAGGCCAUGAGCUUCCAUUUAGAUGGAUGUCUCGGCCAUCUCGAGACCACAAUGAGUGGCUCUCUAUGUACCAUGUACGAGACUUGGAUGUCUCUAUGAAUCAAGAUACCCUUCCGCAAUGGGAGCUACAACAAGCUCCGCGAUACCCUCUAUGCACAAGCUAGUAGAUGAAACCGACUGCUCCUUCUAUGACAUAAUUUGCG